AUGACGAUGCUGACGAGACAAUUGACACGAGCGAAUGGAUUGUUGCGUCGACAAUAUGUACGUUAUCUGGCAACAUCAGAAUCCGAAUCCACGACUCCUUCAAUACCUUCUUCUGAAGCUCCUUCGUCACGUACUACUUUGAAUUUUCGCAAGAAAAAGACAUUUCAGUUUUCGGGCGAAGAUGCCGAGCAAACGGUACCUCUUGAAGAGUUUGAAUACCCUUCGUACUGGGAUGUGGACUAUCCGUCGGACUUUGAUAAUGAAAUGAAACACGAGGUGGAAAAGCUCCAGAUCUUUGCAGACUUUACACCGUAUAUGGACUUGUCAUGGCAGCAGCAGAUCCAUCCGCUUUUCGAUGGUACCCCUAUCAGGAUGACGCUCACUUGCCCACUCGAGGACUUUGACGAGCGGCUCUUUAUUAAUGACAGAAACACAUACGACACUAAGGUAGUUAUGGAGGUGCCUAUGACGUGCUUCAAGGGUCUGAACAAGGAGGCUAAGGACCUCGUCACGCAGCUUGCAGGCCCGCGCUACCAUGCCAACAAGAAGAUGCUCAAGAUCGCAGAAGAUCGUUACAACACGCGUGUGUUCAACCACAAGCGAAUCUGCGAUAUCCUGCGUGACCUCACUCAGACGGCACUUGAGCUCAGUGGACAGGCCAAUGAGACUGACAAACCCAAGACGGAUGACAAGUAA